GGGCCGCCGCUCUCAGCGCGGGCUGGAGUGAAAUUAAACUUAGUUAAAAAAAAUUAAAAAUUAAAAAAAAAAUCAACAUUAAAGCCCCAUCUUUCCUCUGGAAAUUAAAAUCUAGCGGACAGUGAGUGCAGCCCCUGCUGUUCUAUUUCCGCAGUUGUCGCCGUGGCGUGAGGCAACCGGCGCAGCCUCCUAAAGGACGGAUUGCACAUGCAGAGCCCAGCUCCUGAGCACCCUGGCAGCAGCUGGUGGCAGACUGCUCUCACGAUGAGCAGCAACGGCAGCAGAGAUGUUUGUGUGCCCUGAGUGAAGGCUCUGGCGCUGGACACAGUCAAGCAGAAUAUACGCUGGUGUGGUGGAAGUAAGGCAAAAGUCAGCUGAUCUACAAAUGUUUUUUUCCAUCAGCCGGAGCUUUACUCUGAAGCUUCUACAACCGGUCUUUGAUGCUGCCUUGGGAAGACACUGUGCUCUUGGAUGCAGGAAUGCAAACUCAUAAACAAACUGCUACUGAAAGUGCUGCUAUUGCAGCAGAGUUAAAAAGUAUAGAAAGAUGGACUUGUAAUGUGUGAAAAAUGGUUCUGUGUGGCUCUGUCAGUCAGAUAAGAAGUAGAAGAGUGCCCAAAUUCUAUUUGAUCGUGCACAGGACAGCUGGGGGACACUUAAGUAGGGUGCUGGCUAGGCAGUGUUUCUAUGCACCAAGCACAGAAAUCCUGCUGUGUGUUUGCCCAGAAGUUUAAGCUUUCCUCUUUGACAGAAAAAAUCAAAGGCAAGGAAGGACAAGAACACUUUCAGGUGGACCUAAUAAAGAGGCAUUAUCCCAGGUGGGCAGGCAACCAUUUUUCCAUCCAUUCAGCUCCUUCUUCAUUUAUAAGGAGACAGACUUGGACCAGCCCAAAGAGUUAAUAGAGAAUAAAAUGUACUCUAAAAAUAUAUCAGAAAAAAAUGUUAUAGGAGAAAUAUAUGGAAAUAUAUAUAUAUAAUAGUGAGAAAUCGAAAAUUCCAUGUUGUUGUUAAUCUUUAACCAUAAAAUUACAGAGAAGAUUAAUUAUAGGACCUAGAAAUUCUUGAGACCAAAGUGGCUGUUGGGAAACUGUAGACAAGGAGCACUCAGCAAAUGUAAAUGCACAAGCAUUGGAAUAUCACUUGAAAAUAGUUUAGGUGGCUGAGGGAAACUAUCUGGAAUUACUUGUUUUUAAUAAACAGCAAACAAGAUGCUGGAUAAUUAAGAAGAAACAGGCAGGAUGUUGAAAUACAUGUGAAGGUCUCAGUUGCUUUUGUGCAGCAGCUCUACCUCCUGGGGCUGUUCUCCAGUGGAUAAUGGAAGAAAUGCCUCAGUGUGUAGGCACUCUGAAAGGGAUUUUCAAAAAUGCUUAUCCUUGGUCAAACUGUUCCCACUGAGUUAAGCUGAGCAGGCAGGCCAACUUGGAUGGGGCAGCAAGGAGAGAAGGUGAGGAGUGCAGUAAAUUGGGGAAGCAAAACCUUAGUAUGUUAUUGAAUGGCUUUUAAGAUCCAGAUUCCUAAAUAAUCAAGAGAAAUAUGUCAGAUGUGUGAGAGAGCUUCAUUUGAUAGAAACACAGUCUGAUUUGUGAUGUUCCUUGUGUGGGGCAUUCCUGGGGGUGAAGAGUCUCCCCUGUGCUGAUGAGUGACGUGACUGCAGUAGGUGCAGAGUAGGGAAGGGAUGCAAGAGGCAGAGUAUGCACAUUUGGGGACAGCUUUCAAUGUAGUAUUUCACAGAGUCUAACUUGAAAAUAAGUUCAGUUUGACUUUGAUGUGAGACCUGCUCUGUUGACUGCAAACUACCAGAACUGCAAAAGAGAUACCCAACACAAAGGUCCUCUGAUGUCUCAGCACUACCAGACCGAGUUUCAUCGUCCUGUAAUUAGAAUGUUUUUUCAAGUGGACAUGAGCUACCUCUUCUGCUCCAUCUCCCUGAGAAUCGUCAGUGUUAUUGUGGAAAACCUGCACAGGUUUUACAGGCCACGUUAACUCUCCAAGAGAGUCACCAGCUGGAAACGGUAUAACCAGUGUGUUCAAGCAAAUAUGAAUGAGUCGCUAUCCUUUUAUGAAGCACAUAAGGCUAUCUGUCUCAAAUUAUGUUAUUUUUUAAUAAGUGCUUUCAGAAGGUGGCAGAUGCCCAGCAGGCUUGCCACCCAGCAGCGCCCCUCCUUAGGCUGUGCAACGUGCGCCUGUGAGCUGCAGGCUCAAGUGUAAUUUAACAGAGUUAACACCAGAAACCCGUAUAUAUCUCGGCGGACAUAUCUCGGCGGAGGCACAGGCUGCAGCCUCGGCCGCCGCCUUAGGCAAGCAGCGUCCACCGCCGGCCCUCUCUCCCUGCAGCUCCGGAGGCUGUCUUGGCCGCUCGCGGGCAAGCGGAGGAAGGGAAGAGCCGCAGCAGCUCCUGCCCUGGGGCUGGAUCGGCGGCCGCGGGCCAAGGAUAUGAUGGAGCUCCUAGAAGAAGAUCUGACCUGCCCCAUUUGCUGUAGCCUGUUUGAUGAUCCUCGUGUCCUGCCCUGUUCACACAAUUUCUGCAGAAAGUGUCUGGAAGGAAUUCUUGAGGGAAAUGUGCGAAACGUGCUUUGGAGGCCAUCCCCUUUCAAGUGCCCCACAUGCAGGAAGGAGACUCCUGUCACUGGAGUCAACAGCUUGCAGGUCAACUAUUCCCUGAAAGGUAUCGUGGAGAAGUACAACAAAAUCAAAGUAACUCCAAAAAUGCCUGUGUGCAAAGUGCACAGCGGGCAACCCCUUAACAUUUUUUGCCGGACAGACAUGCAGCUGAUCUGUGGGGUUUGUGCCACCCGUGGCGACCACACAAAGCAUGUUUUCUGUUCCAUUGAGGAAGCUUAUUCCCAGGAGAAGCGGGCUUUUGAAACCUUGUUUCAGGGCUUCGAAACCUGGCGUUGCGGAGAUGCCCUCUCACGGCUGGAUACCUUAGAGACCAGUAAGAGGAAAGCUCUGCAGAUGCUGACGAAAGAUUCUGACAAAGUGAAGGAGUUCUUUGAGAAGCUGCAACACACGUUGGAGCAGAAGCGAAAUGAGAUCCUGUCUGACUUUGAGACCAUGAAGCUUGCAGUGAUGCAGGCCUACGAUCCGGAAAUCAAUAAGCUGAACACGAUUCUACAAGAGCAGCGGAUGGCUUUUAACAUUGCAGAGGCCUUCAAAGAUGUGUCUGAACCCAUUAUAUUUCUGCAACAGAUGCAGGAGUUCAGGGAAAAAAUCAAGGUGCUCAAAGAAACUCCUUUACCUUGUUCCACUGUGGACAUCAGUCCCACAAUGAAGAGUUUUGAUACCAGCCAGUGGAAUGGAAUAAAACUUGUUGAUGUGGACAAACUUUCCUUGCCUCAGGAAAGCAACACUUUCAAAUUCAAGAUUCCCUCUGUCUUUUCACGCAGAUUUAUAGUGAACUCUCUUAUUUUCUUGCUCAUUCUUGCUGUCACCAGAAUGUCCUUUGUGGAGUCAGUCAUUGACAAUCUCCAGUGCUGGAAAUCUCAGUUCCUUACAAUUUGCUUGUCCUAUUUGGCAGAUACCGUGGAGAUAGCAGAUCAUGCAGUCUUUUACUGGGAACAGAUGACAGAUGGAGCCUCACUUUUAAGAGAAAAGUGUAAAAACUAUACGUUGGUUGUACUGGAUAACGUUGCGCAGUUUGUGUGCAAAUAUAAACUGUUGUGAAGUGUCUGCUGGAAUAUAAGAACUAAGAGAGAUCUGGGGAAGAAAGCAUGGAACU